CUUUUCCCACGUUAACUACGCAUGCGCACGCACGAUCGCCCCUCGCGAUUUUGACGUUGAGAAUUCCUUUCUGAAGUGUGACGUCAGUCCGUGCAUUUGGCCACAUUGUGGGAAUCGAUCAACUAGGGAAUAUGUCAACAUUAACUAUUUAAAACAAAUUGGAUGGCGAUAUACAGAUUUUUGACAAAGCAAGCCAAUAGACAAGAAAAAGCCCUGACUGGCAUCGAAAAGGCCUCUCUCUCAGGGUGGAGGCCAAGAAGAGGAGCAUGUGGAGGUACCGUCUGCCUGGCUAUGAGUUGAGGCUCCUAGAGGAACUACAGAGACAGAAGCACAACAGUCUCUACUGUGAUACCCUGUUACAGACUGAUGGUUUGUCAGUCCCGGCCCACAGCUGCGUCCUGGCUGCCCUGAGCCCCUACCUGUCCAAGGCCCUGUCCAACCAGUCAUUCCCCCUCCCGGCUGGGCAGAGAUGGCCACUCAAGCUCCAGGCUGUGAAGGCCCAGACCCUGCUGAAGCUGGUGGAUCUCCUGUACUCCGGAGAGCUGGAGGGAGAGGGCACCAUGGAACAAGAAGAGGUUAUGGCCGCUGCCUGUAAGCUGGGCAUAGGCCGCUUGGUGGAGGGGUGGAAGGACCGGGGGAGGGAGGGAGAGGGGGAGAGGAGGUGCAGUCUUAGAGAUGUGGGGGUGCAGACGGAGGGAGGAGACACACAGGUGGACGUGGGGGCGUUGGUGGAGACGGGGACCCAGACUGUGGACUGUAAUGGAGGUAUUUACAUGACUUUCCUCAGUCCCCUCCCUGAUGCUCUCCCUACAUCCACACCCUCACCUCCACCUCUCCUACUAGUCCAGAGCAGCAGUGAAGGGCAGCAGCACACAACUCACACGGCACCUCCUUCCCUGAGUCCCCAGAUUAUGACCCCCAGUUCCACCCCACCCAGCGUCAAAGCAACGGUCAGCUGUGGCACAGCUCCCUUUAGAACCCACCCUCGGACCUCCGAACCGGAGGUCACAAACCUCUCAUCGUCCUCUGUUGUCCUGAGCGGUGACAUGGUCGCCCCGAGUGACGAUUCGGACCACCCCACGACACCCCGGGAGAAGAGUGCCGUCCCAGAAUGCUCUGUGGCGGAGAACGGUGUGACGGAGAGGAGGAUGGAGAAGAUGAGGGAGCAGCAGCUGACACCACACACUGGGAGCGCAGAGGAAGGAGGAACAGGGGAGUGUCAGGAGAGGAGAGGUGCGGUUGGGAGGAAGUGGCUGACCGGACAGAGGCUGGAGAACACUCAGAUCUCCAUCAAGGUCAAGCUGAGGAGGAGGACCAGGGGACAGGUGUGGGAGCUGGUCAGUGGGCAGGAGAUGGACGGAACCGUCUCACCUGGUCAAAGGCAGGAGAGGGACGGAACCGUCUCACCUGGUCAGAGGCAGGAGAGGGACGGAACCGUCUCACCUGGUCAGAGGCAGGAGAGGGACGGAACCGUCUCACCUGGUCAGAGGCAGGAGAGGGACGGAACCGUCUCACCUGGUCAGAGGCAGCAGAGGGACGGAACCGUCUCACCUGGUCAGAGGCAGGAGAGGGACGGAACCGUCUCACCUGGUCAGAGGCAGGAGAGGGACGGAACCGUCUCACCUGGUCAGAGGCAGGAGAGGGACGGAACCGUCUCACCUGGUCAGAGGCAGGAGAGGGACGGAACCGUCUCACCUGGUCAGAGGCAGUUGGUUCGCGCUGCUCUGAAGAAGGAAACAGAUCGCAUGAGGACAAGACAACUACCACGCCAGCCUCUCCCCCCACCCCAGUCCCCAGCCCUCCCCCGGUGCUCUCCCCUCGACACAGCUUUCCUCACCCCUCCACCAGAUCUCUACAUCUCCCCUCCACCCCGAUCCCGCCCCCACCCCACCUCCAAAACCACCACCGCCCAGUCAACCUCCCUCAACCACUGCAGCUCCACCCACCAUCCGACCCCACACCCAGCACAUGAACCGCAGCUCGCCUUGCCCCAGCCUCCGGUAGAGGAAUCGGACGAGCAGAUUGAGAAAAUGCUGGAAGACAUCAUGAUGGGGUUGAACAUACUGCCCCCUGUGGUUCUGGAUAGGGACUGCGACCACCAUCUCCAAAGCCACGACAGACCGACGGCCUGCUCCUGCUCGCAUCAUCCCGUCCACGCAAGGCAUUGUGGGAUGCACAGCGCCGUUGGCUCGGCUUCUUGUUGCGUGUGUUCCCAUGGCUACGCGACAGGAAGUGAUGAUGCGUCGUCGACUGAAACAGCUUGGCAGGAGGUUCCCGGCGCCAGAGAAGUGGACCAAGCGAGUUCCACCAUGGCCAGCUUCAGAGGCAUCACCCACAUCCACCUCCCUCAGAAAAUCAAAAUGGCGACCGCUGCCGACGUGAGUAUCCCGACCCCUCGGGAGGCAGAGCCUUCCACGCUGACAUCACGAAGGGUCACCACAGGGUCAACAGGAAGCUGGGAGCCAGAGGAGGAAGAGGACGUGGAGGUGGACGUUCUUGAGUGGUCGCCGGCCGUGCGACCAAGAGUGUGGGGGGCGGGGCUUGAGCAAGGCGUCACAGAACUGACCGAGGAAGACGAGAUAGACGUGAUGGGAGAGGAAACAGACUGAAUUCUAAACAGUGUGUUCUUGAGAAGAAAGGCUACCGUUCCUAAGCAACCUCCCUGCUCAUCCUCUCCACACUGUUAACUAUCGGAGUAGCCCCGACCUACCACACUUACUUGAUGAGACUAACUCACAAAAUGAGGGUGAGUCUCGCUAUAUAAAAAAAAAACCUUUGUUGAUUGUGAUUUUGUUGUUGUUUUUGUUGUACAGUUCAGCCUUAUGAGCCCUAGACUAGAGACUCGGCAAACGCAGCUACUCUUUUGUUACAUUUCAGGGCCCGUAUUGACAGCUUCUCAGAGUACGAGUGCAGAUCUAGGAUCAGUUUUUCCUUUUAAGUCAUAAUGAAUAACAGGGCCUCCUCUGAGACGCUUGGUGAAUACUGGGCCCUGGUGGUCAUGCUGGUUAUUUUUUGUACCUUCAGAAUCAGUCAGUCAGUGUCCAAUCAGAAGCACUUAAAUAUGUUUAUAUCUGCCACUUUUGACAAGUUCUUUAUUUGUAGCUUCAUUGUUUGUAUAACUUUGUAAAUUAGAAAGAAAGCCUAAGGCCUGUCAUUUAAAUAUAAUAAUUUUGUUGUAUUAAAAUGGCUUUCUUGACCACAGCUGUCCAGUAGAUUUGUUUUCUCAAGCAUGGUCAUUUUGUAUUUGCUUAAAACUAGCUAUUGAAG